AGACGAACACACAUGUGAGGGGAAACAUGGCCGACGGAGAAAUGAGGAGAGUGCUGGAGGACUGUGUCAAGAUAAUAAACGCCAACACGGCACAGCCAGAGAACUUUCUGAGCCUUCAAGAUGGACCUGCAGCAGAAUUUACUUCCCUUACCAAGACUAUGUAUGACCUCCAAAAAUCCGAGGAGCCUGCAGGAUACAAGGGCAGCCCGCUGGCUCAGCUGGUUGUGGAUAACUUUGACGAGGAGCAGAUCUGGCAGGAGCUGGAGCUGCAGAACAAUGCUGUGAUGAAGCAUUUUAAAAAGGCCAUAGGUGAGGCUUUAACUAACACGCUAACUUUGCUGUCAGAUGACGAAGAGAUGGAAGAGGCAGAAGAGGAUGGAGAAGAGGAGGAAGUAGAGACAGAUGACGAGAACGACACUAAACAAUCUUCCAAACGAGGCAGAAAGGCAGCAGAGGCAGAAAGUGACUCCGAGGAAGACUCUGAUGUAGAUUUUGACGUGGACGCUCUUGAGAAACGACAGAAGCAGAGGAAGCAGAGUGCAAGGACUGACCCCAGAGGAAAAGUCGUUCCCUCUGAGGUCGACGACACAUUCUUCAAACUGUCAGAGAUGGAGUCGUUUCUUGAUGAGAUGGACAAACGUGAGGGAAAGGAGGACGAAGGCGAAGAUGGUGUUGACUACUUUCAGGACCUUCCGUCUGAUGAGGACGAUGAUUUGGACUUGGAUCAGAUAAUGUCCUCCAAAAAAACAAAGAAAAACAGAACAAAGAGCUCCAGGGAUCUCAAGUACACAGACUUCUUUGAUGCUGUGGACGGUGAACCAGCUAAAACCGAUGAGCAGUCAGAUGGAGAGGAUGAAGAGAUGGACAGCCAGGAUGAAGGUGAAGACGACGACGAUGAUGAUGAUGAGGAGGGAGGUGAUGAUGAAGAGGAGGGAGGUGAUGAUGAAGAGGAGGGAGAUGAUGGAGAUGAGACAGCAAAUGCAACUAAAGCGUCUCAGAGGAAGGUGACCUUUGACCUGUCUGGGGACGAGGACAGCGAGGGGGAGGACAUGGAGGAGAUUUUUGGAGGAAAAGCUCCAAGCUCGGACAAAUCCGCAUUAAAGUCUUCAUAUGAGAAGCGACACGAGAAGAUGUCCCAGAAGAUCCAGGAGCUGGAGAACGCAGCUCUGGCAGAGAAGCCGUGGCAGCUGUCCGGAGAGGUGACGGCUCAGACCCGUCCAGAGAACAGCAUGCUGGAGGAAGAUGUGGAGUUUGAGCAGUCCUCGAGAAUGGCCCCUGCUAUCACUGAGGAGACCACCCUGCAGCUUGAGGACAUCAUCAAACAAAGGAUUAAAGACCAGGCAUUUGAUGACGUGGAGCGUAAAGAGAAGCCCAAGGAGGAGGUUUUUGAAUACAAGAAGAGGCUAACUCUGGACCACGAGAAGAGCAAGCAGAGUCUAGCAGAAAUCUACGAACAAGAAUACAUCAAACAGACUCAGAGUAAAACCGAGGAAGAGGAGAACCCAGCUCACGGAGAAAUUCAAAAACUUAUGGAGACGCUCUUCCUAAAGCUGGAUGCACUUUCCAACUUCCACUUCACACCAAAACCACCGGUUCCAGAGGUCAAGGUGGUGUCUAACCUCCCAUCCAUCACUAUGGAGGAGGUGGCUCCGGUCAGCACCAGUGAUGCAACGCUGCUCGCACCAGAAGAAGUCAAGGAGAAGAGCAAGGCCGGAGACAUACUGGGUGAUACCGAGAAGACGUCUACUGACAAGAAGCGCGACCGACGGCACAAGAAGAAAGUGAAGCGUCUGAAGAUUAAGGAGAAGGAGAAGAGACAAAAGCUUAAAGAGGCCAGAAAAACGGGGGAGAACAAAAAGCCGUCGAAGGCUGAGGUCACUGAAAGCCUGAAGAAACUCUCAAAGGGAGGCAAAACCACAAUACUAAAGGAUGAAGGUAAGGACAAGGCCCUCCGGUCUUCUCAAGCCUUCUUCUCUCAGCUGCAGGACCAGGUCAAAAGUCAGAUCAAAAGUGCAAAGGAGCAGUCUUCCAAGAAGAAGAAACCAAAGGAUGUUUCUGUCAGCCAACUCAAGCUGUAAUGACUGCUGAUUUUGUUUUUGAUGAUCAACUUUUCAUUGUACAGAUACUUUUUAAAAAAAAAAAUGAAACGCCUGCAAUAUAUUAAACCUGAAAGUCUAUAUAAA